GUGAGAGCGCCACGAUCGACCGGGAGUAGCGAUGUUGAGGACAUUUCAGUUGCUGCUAGUUCUUGCACUAGUAGGAAUAGUUAGAGUGAGUGGUUCCCGCGCUCAUAAGAACGUCACCCACGGCCCGCACAGCUGCAGCGGCGUGGAUGUCCCCUACCCGUUCGGCAUCGUGGAGGAUGGCGGCGGUGGCGACUACCGCGCUGGGUUCCAUGUCAUGUGUGACGCCGGUGAGCCGGUACUGCACACCACCGGCGGCGACGGAAAGCCCGUUAAGAUCGGCAACUUCUCCAUCCAGGCGGCUGAGGCCCGCGUGUGGCUGCCUGUAGUGUGGCAGUGCUACGACUCCUCCGGCAAGCCGAGUAGGUCAGACUACAGGAACCUAGAGUUCAACAAAGGGGGCGUGUACCGCAUCUCCAACGCCAAGAACAACCUCUUUGUCCUGGGCUGCAAAACCACGGGCUACCUCGCGAGCCAGCCGGACCAGGGCUCCGGCGAAAGCACGUCUUACGCCCAGUUCACCGGCUGCCUCUGCUACUGCAACAACUCCCAGAGCGCGGUGAACGGUGCCUGCUCCGGGGUAGGCUGCUGCCACGUAGACAUUCCGCCGGACCUCACCGACAACUGGGUGGCCUUCAUGAGCUACGACCACACCGACAAGGUCAACUUCAGCCCCUGCGAUUAUGCGUUUGUGGCGGAGAAAAAACAUUACACCUUCAACACCACCGACCUCAAGAGGGCACUGCGCCAGAACACCUGGGGCUGGGAGAUGCCGGUGGUCCUCGACUGGGCCAUCCGCGACAGCCCCACCUGCAAGGAGGCAAGGAAGGAGGGGUACGCCUGCAUAAGCUCCAACAGUCUCUGCCUCAACUCUACCAAUGGUCCUGGAUACAUCUGCAACUGCCGCCGAGGCUACGAGGGCAACCCCUAUAUUGCUGAUGGUUGUACCGAUAUAAAUGAGUGUGAGCAUCUUGACCACUACUCUUGCAAGGGAGUGUGCACGAACAGACAAGGUUCUUACGAAUGUACAUGCCCCAAACAUACACACAGUGCUGAUCCGUACAAAGAAGUAUGCAGCCCGAAUUUUCCAACCAACGCAAAGAUCAUUGUAGGUGCAAUAGGGGGCCUGUUAGUUAUGGUAAUUAUGGUCUUCUUCUGGCUUCUUAUUGAAGAGAAAAGAAAGAUGAAAGAACAUUUUGAAAAGAAUGGCGGACCUACAUUGGAAAAGCUUAAUAAUAUAAAGCUAUUCAAAAAGGAAGAUAUCAGGAAAAUUCAGAAAAGUAGCAACAUUAUUGGAAGUGGUGGUUUUGGUAAGGUUUACAAGGGGUGCAUUGGGGAUAAUAACGAGUUAGUUGCAGUGAAGGAGCCCAUCAAUGUUAACUCAGCAAACAAGGGUCAAUUUGCAAAUGAGAUCAUCAUUCGGUCUCGAGUCAUUCACAGGAACAUUGUGAAGCUCGUAGGCUGUUGCUUACAAGUUGAAGUCCCAAUCUUGGUCUAUGAGUUUGUACCUAAUGGUAGCCUUCAUGACAUUCUCCAUAAUGGUAGCAGGAUGCAUCUCGAUAUGUGUAAACGUCUAAAAAUUGCUGCUGAAUCGGCGGAAGGUCUAGCUUAUAUGCAUUCAAAAACCACUACCACAAUCCUCCAUGGUGAUGUUAAACCAGCUAAUAUACUUCUGAAUGACGAGUUCACACCAAAGAUCUCAGACUUUGGUAUAUCAAGGUUAAUUGUUACAGAUAUGCAACACACUGGAAAUGUUAUUGGUGACAUGAGUUAUAUGGAUCCAGUUCUUCUACAAACAGGAUUACUAACCAAGAAGAGUGAUGUCUAUAGUUUUGGAGUUGUGCUCUUGGAGCUCAUUACAAGGAAGAAGGCAUCACAUUCUGACAAUAAUAGCUUAUUGAGGAACUUUCUUGAUGCUUACACGAAGGACAAGUCUGUGAUUGAGCUCGUGGACAAGGAACUUGCAGAGGUAGAUCGAGAGAUUCUUGAUAAUCUAGGAGAGAUGAUUAUGCAAUGUCUAAAUCUUGAUGUCAAUGAGAGACCGGAGAUGACAGAUGUUGCAGAGCGUCUUCGUGACAUGGUUAAGAGGUUUAAUGCCCAAUAGAAUGAUCAACUGGAUGAUCAUGUGGUUUCGCAGUAAGUUGAUGAAUUUUACAGAAUGACGGAAGUAUUAUGCAUUUAUUUGCUUGUGCGCUUAUUUUGCGUAGAUAAAAAUACUGUGAAAGAAGUAUGGUACAUAUAUAUUUCCACACAUAUGGUAGAUUUCCUUAGAGAUCAUAUAUAUUUCCACACAUGGGACAUGUGGAAUUGUUUGCCCGAAUAAAUUGUUUUUUGUAUUUUGUAUGUUUUUCUUGUAAUUUGUGGUUGUUUAACAUGAAUGUAUAUAUUGUGUUAA